UUUCUCGUCCAAAACACGUGGACGCGUCGAAUCGUUGGUGCCAGUGACAUGGCGAGCAAUAUCUUGAGCUACGAAGGUUGCAAUUUCCUUCGCCAAAGACUGAUACUGGCCAUUCUCAGUGGAAGACCUGUUAAAAUUCGCCAGAUCCGAUCCCGCGAUGACAAUCCUGGACUGCGAGAGUUUGAAGCUAGUUUGAUAAGGUUGUUGGAUAAAGUUACAAAUGGCACCAGAAUUGAAAUUAAUGAAACAGGUACAACAUUGUACUUCCAGCCUGGCCUUCUCUAUGGUGGGCAGGUGGAACAUGACUGCUGUCCAGAGCGAUCAAUUGGCUACUACUUAGAGGUGCUAAUAGCAUUGGCUCCAUUUAUGAAAAAUUCUCUGAAAGCUACUCUAAAGGGAGUCACAAAUGAUCAACAAGAUCCAUCUGUUGAUGCACUAAAAGCAACUUCAAUUCCUUUAAUGAAAAUGUUUGGAAUUGAUGGCGAGGGCCUAGACUUAAAGAUUAUAAAAAGAGGAAUGCCUCCUGGAGGUGGAGGGGAAGUAAUUUUCACCAGUCCAGUAAGGAGGAGCCUGAAACCAGUGCAGUUUACAGAUCCCGGCAAAAUCAAACGCAUAAGAGGUGUAGCAUAUUCUGUCCGUGUAUCCCCUCAAAUAGCCAACAGAAUGGUGGAUUCUGCUAGAAGCAUUUUGAACAAAUUCAUUCCAGAUAUAUAUAUUUAUACAGACCACAUGAAAGGUGCAAACUCUGGAAAGUCUCCAGGAUUUGGUCUGACUUUAGUAGCAGAGAUGACAAAUGGAUCAUUUCUGAGUUCAGAGAUGGCAUCCAACCCUCAGGGUCAAGGAUCUCCCAUUCUUCCGGAAGAUUUGGGGAAGAAUUGUGCAAAGAUUUUACUUGAGGAAAUUUAUAGGGGUGGCUGUGUGGAUUCCAUCAAUCAGAGCCUGGCAUUACUGUAUAUGACCCUUGGUCAACAGGAUGUUUCCAAAGUCCUUUUAGGUCCCCUUUCACCAUAUUCGAUUGAAUUCUUAAGACAUCUGAGGAAUUUUUUUCAAGUCAUGUUCAAAAUAGAAACACAGCAACCAGAAGAAGAGAGGAAGGGUGGUGAAAAAGUAUUAAUGACCUGUGUAGGAACUGGAUUUACAAACCUCAGCAAAACCAUAAAAUAGCGCCAAUGUGUGCAUCUGGGAUGGAGAAGUAUGCACAAAUUCCUCAAACUGUACAGUAAAAUUACAUGCCACACUCUUCUUUUUAUAUAUUUAUACUUGUACCGGACUAUUUUUUAAUAUGGGGUCGUCGUUCCUAGCAAAGGAAUAAAUUAUGAGAUGUAA